UCCCGGGGGACCCGCAGGGGCGCGGCCGGCCGGAGCUGCCCCGGGUGCGGAUCGCGGUUGCAGCGCCCCCUCCCGUCCAGGCCCCGCGGUGUCCCGAGGACUCGGGGCUCCUGCACUGCGGAGAGCGGGACGCGCGCCUACGGGGCGGGGACUCGAGGACACGCAGGCGGGGCGCUCCCGAGUGGCCCGGGCGCGGCCCCGUUCCCGGCGCAGCUCGCCGGGCUCUUUCCCCGGAGCGUCGGCGCCGCCCAUGGCCGAGGUGCUGGAGCCCGACCCCGGGGCAGCCGAGGGCUCGGAGGCCCCCGCGGUGGAGACUCCGGGCUGGGAGGCCCCGGAGGACGCGGGCCCCCAGCCCGGAAGUUAUGAGAUCCGACACUACGGACCUGCCAAGUGGGUCAGCACUUCGGUUGAGUCUAUGGACUGGGAUUCAGCCAUGCAGACUGGCUUUACGAGGCUGAACAGCUACAUUCAAGGCAAAAAUGAGAAAGAGACGAAAAUAAAGAUGACAGCUCCAGUGACAAGCUAUGUGCAGCCUGGUUCAGGUCCUUUCAGCGAAUCUACCAUUACCAUUUCCCUGUACAUCCCCUCUGAACAGCAAUCUGAUCCGCCCAGGCCUUCAGAGUCAGAUGUCUUCAUUGAAGACAGAGCCGAAAUGACGGUGUUUGUACGGUCUUUCGAUGGAUUCUCUAGUGCCCAAAAGAAUCAAGAACAACUAUUGACAUUAGCAAGCAUUUUGAGGGAAGAAGGAAAAGUUUUCGAUGAAAAGGUUUACUACACUGCAGGCUACAACAGUCCUUUCAAAUUGCUUGAUAGAAAUAAUGAAGUGUGGUUGAUUCAGAAAAAUGAACCCUCUAAAGAAAGGGAGUGAGAAAAUGAGAGGAAGGCCAUUGCCAGGGGCAAAACUUCUGUUUAACAUACAGACAUCAACAUUACUUAUAAGCAAAAUGUGUCUAGUAUCUCUGCCUGAGAGUACUGUGAAUGGAGCUUAUUUCCACUGUGCCUUUUUAAUGCUUGAAGCUUUAGAUACACAGAUAACAGGGGACAGUAGUCUAUAAACAUGUAAAUCGAUCUUUAUUUCUGUGAGGCUCCAGGGAAACUGUUACUUCCUCCUUCUUCACUGUAUCACAAUCAUGUUGCCGUAUUUCUACUUGGAUUUGUGUCGGUUGGAUGUUACCUCCUCCAGAUGUUAUCAAUAAAAAUGUUAAAGGUUAUCCUGUGUGGAACUAGGAGCCUGUCAAGCCUGGAGAAGUGAAGUGAAGUUGGAAACAAAAAUCAAAUUGUCUUUUGCAGCUGCCACUGUUACUUUCUCUGUUGAGCCCUCUUCCCUAUCUGCCCGCUACCCCCACCACACAAGAAAAGCUCUUACAAUACUCAAAAGUGUUGCUAAUGUUUCAUGACAAAAAAUAAAUUUAUGAAGUUAGGGACUUCCUAUUUUAUUUUGAUACUCAAGAGAGGCAUGCUUUUUCUGAAGAAAUGUGUACAGACUUUUAAAAUUCACUUGAAUUUGUAAAGUAUUUUAUGCAGUACUUCUGGAGGUCACAUAAAAAUGAUUCAGUAUCCAAAGAGUGGGUUGCUGCAAAAUCAAGGAGGUUGAAAUCCAGACCUAAUUGUAUUGGAACGCACUUGUCCUGGAGAAAACAACAUCACAUGCAGAUAGAUACCUGGAAGCCUGUCAUGGGAAGGUCACAGCUUUACUGUGGGCUCCUAGGGGAUGAUGGCUGUAGAAAUGAAGGAGAAAAACAGGUUGGAGUUCAGUGACUUCCCAAUAGGUAAAGCUGCCCACAAAUGACGUUACUUCUUGUUCCCAUCAUUGCAUGUGUUCAAGCAGGGACCACGUGAUCACUUAUAUGGGGGAUAUGAAUAUCCAGUGGAUGGAUGGGGCCAGAUGAUGCUCAAGGUCCCUUCAGCCCCAACAUUAUAUGGUAUCUCUUAAAAUUAAUCUCCUUAAUCUAGGUACACUAGACCAACAUACCUACAGUUAACAGUUUCAGUGUUUACGAGUGCUGCCUUAUCAUGUCAUCAGUGGACCAGGACUGUGUGGAGGGGUUCUUCCCGCAUGCCGUGCGUGCAUAGUCAACAGGAUUGUGAUCCAAGAGAGGUUUAGAUGGUAAUUUUUGAUACAAAACAAGCUAGAUUUCCAGUUUUGAAAUGAUAUGGACAUAAAUUUUAGUCUCAGGAAAUUACUUUCCAAAGGUAUUUGCUUGCAUUGAUUAUUUUUUGAUCCUUUGCAUUUUUUGCCAAAGAAGAAAUUGAGUUUCUUUCUUAGCUCGUUUACCAAAACCCACUGUGAGCCUAACCCUUCUAGCCCUCCUCCUGAUGAAUGUCCACAGUACUCGCUUCUACGGGUGUGAGGUAAAUAUGUAUGUAUUUACUCUAUAGCCCUAUAAAAAUAGACAUCUCUUAUGCAAUAAAUUCCAUUUUAGAUGAGAAAAGCAUAUUUCCGAUUGCCAAGAUUUAGUUGUAAUCUGAAACAUGUUCCAUAAAAAAGCGAUUUUGUACGAUUCAAGUCCAAGCUAUCCCAUUUUUCCUUGUCCAUAAAUCAUAAACCAAAACAUUUUCAGCCCUAAAUUAAUCAAUCCAGAGAGUAUUUCUCACAGCAAUGGAUCAGUUAUGUUAAUUAUGUGGCUGCCACUGACUACAAAAUACCUCUCAACAUUUCUCUUGAGAUUUUUCUUCUCUUAUCGAUAGUAAAUUCAUGUCUAGAUUCCUUUCUGAGGCUAACCCUUCCAUCCUUCCUGUUGGUCUAAUUCGUGCUCCAUCAGUUAGGCCUUCUCCCACCCUCAGGCUCUCCCUCCCCACAUGCUGCCAUCACUCCGCUUACCAGCAGGCUCCAAUUCUGCCUGACCCUCCCCACUCCCCAAAAUAAAAUCCCAGUGCCCCCAAGCCCUUUACAUAGGACAAUCAUUCCCAUCUCUCCCUUGCCUUGAUUAUCCAGUUUCUCUGGAAAGAGCUGUCCAGAGGCUUCCUUGGAGUUCUAGGUUGUAAGGAGCUAUCUCAGGGACCACGACAGAGAAUGAAGGUGGGCAACACUCCCCCCCCCCCCCCGC